AUAGUUCACUUGGCCCGAUAACAAAACGGUGUUUUGAUUAGAAGAAGUGAAAUCAGUGCAACCAUAUGUAUGAACGCAAAAAUUCUUUUAAUUUAUUUCAUUAUUAAAUCUGCUGUAGCAUAAAAAGUAUGAAAUUCCGUAAAUAAACAUGAUUAUUGACAUAACUUAUUUUAAUACAUCAUUCAAUUAAGGUAUUAAACCCAUAAUCCCUUAUUUAUGACUCAAAAUCCCUAAGAAAGUCAUGAAAAUUAAAUAAUUCUCAGUUUUUAUAAUGUAAAUUAUUAACUACUUAAAUUUGACUUGAGCAGUUACAAUUGUUUUUGUUUCUGUACACGAAUACAAAUUAAGGGAUCUAUAGAUGCGGGCUUCCUAUUUUAGUAGGGUCUGAGGUAAAAUUUCUAUAGAAGAAAAAACGAUUUUAAGUAGUAAUUGGAAUCAACUUUAUACGUUAUAAUUAAUAACAUACUAUUCGGCCGGCAAAAUGUAGGGGGUCUAGAUACCUCAAAUACAUUUACUUAUGUAUAUUUGUUUACCUAUCCCAACCAUGAACCUGUUCUAGUCCUGCACUAGUUAAAAUGUAGGGUGCUAUUGUUCUAGAACAAUAGCACCCUGCGUAAGUGUCAUCUAGACUAAGGAGCACAGGUAGAAACCGUUACUCCAAAUCAUCGCUAUUGUUAAUCAAUAUUCCUGCGUCCCCCUAGCGCAUACCUUUCAUGGUGUCUUCGAUACUAUCUAUUUUGUGUACGUUGACACUCGUGUUUUGCUCUUUAGUGUGAUCACAUGUAUCUUAUUUCGUGUUAUAUUUGGUGCUUUCUUUCAAAAUAUCUCACUACCUCACCAGUAUGCGAUGCUCAGUGAAGUUUUGUCCAAGUACAUAUUCCUUCAAGGAUAAAAGCUUUUUUUCUUAUCCUAAAGAAAACGAUUGUUUGAAACUAUGGAUGAAUAAUUGUCAAACUAAUCAUUUGGCAGAGACUUUAUCCAAAAAAAAUAAUCUUGUAGUUUGCGCGGAUCAUUUUGAGGAUAAAAUGUUUUCGAAAAAGACUACAAACAUUUGGCUGGUACAUGAUGCAGUACCUACAAUAUUUAGUGAUAACAUAAUUUUUCAAAGACAGCAGGAAAUCAUAGAACGUUGUUCAAAUUCUGGACCUUCGACUUCCCAAUCAGAGAGUGCAUCGGUUGAUCAAAGUGGUUAUGAAUCUCCUGCAUCAUCAAGUGAUUCGAUCAUUCAAACUCCAUUAUACUUUUCAAAUAAUACUCCAAGGAGGCUGAAAUUGAAGACAAAACUACAAUUUGAAAAACGGAAAAUUAAUGUUUAAUUCAACAUUCUUGUGAAAUAUGUGUGUACGGAAUGGUUUUUUUUUCAUUGAGGACUGUUUUGUUGGGAAAUUCAGAGAUACUUAGUCAUAAUAAUAUUGUGAACAUAAUUUUUUAUAUUAUGUAUUGUUGUAUUAUUUUUACCAAUAUAUAUUUUUUAUUUUUUUAUUUAUUAUGAAUUUAUUACUAAUAUAUUUUUUUAUUCAAUAAAAUAUUAAUUUAAAUAAAUAACAUUUGUUGUUCAAAUUAUUAUACAAUACCUUAUUU